GCAAACGAAAGAUAGAAUAAGAAAUGAUACUGAACAGCCGUGCACUAGAACGUUGGUGGAUGUGAAAUAACAAUAACACUUGGAGUAGUCGUGACGAAGUCCUGUCCAGUUUUCUCCGUCGUCCGAUUAAACUCUUGCACGAACGGACGUUGAAGCCUCUGUUUCGUAUCUCUAUGCUCCUCGACACUAGAACAGCCGAUUAUCGUUGCUUUGUACUGGCAGUACGUUAUUUAUCGAACGACUCAACGGAGAAACGGGGAGGAAGGGUACAACCAUGUGUCGCCGCUGUACCUUGAAACGUCACAGAUCACGCUGGACGAACUCUUGAGCGGGAUCGCAAGACGCGCUGCUGCUACCGAAGCAUUCAACCUGGCGGAAUUGUCGAAGAAACGCAAGACGUACCUCGGGGAGCACUGGCUCGCGCUCACGCGAAUAUGAGCAUGACUCUCGUCCGCAAUACGUUCAAAGGUUGCAGCGAGGACGAGGCAGCAGGUGUCGUGAACGUGGAGGUGGGCGGAGGUUGCGCGGCCGGGGCGCCAACCACAGGAAGUGGCGUUGGAGGUGGUAGCGGCACAGGUAGCGAAGCCGGUGGUGGUGGUGGAGGCGGUGGUGGAGCAGGAACAGGAACAGGAGGAGGCGGAGGAGGCGUUCGUGGCGGCGGCGGCAGCGGUGGCGGCGAGGGCGGAUCGACGAAGCAGGGUGGCGAGAAGUGUCCCCAGUGCGGCUUCCUCUGUCGGGACGUCCACGUGCUUCAGCUCCAUCUCGAGGACACGCACAAGACCCCGUACGCCAUCGACAAGAACGAUCUCAACGCUCAAUUCCCUCAAGUGUCCUGCAGGGUGUGCAGCAAGACUUUUGCUAACGUCUACCGACUCCAGAGGCACAUGAUCAGCCAUGAUGAGAGUGCCGUGCUUCGUAAGUUUAAGUGUCCCCAUUGCGAGAAAGCCUUCAAGUUUAAGCAUCACCUCAAGGAGCACCUUCGCAUUCACAGCGGUGAAAAGCCAUUCCUAUGCAACAACUGCGGCAAGCGUUUCUCCCAUUCGGGCUCGUAUUCGAGUCAUAUGACCUCGAAGAAGUGCCUGAUAGUAAACUUAAAAAAAUCCAGGCAUACGAAUGUGAGCAACGUGGAUCGUGGUCCGAAAAAGGCGCAACAACCCCUGCCGCCAGGGCGGCGCGAGGUCGAUCUGCUCGCGGCGAAUAAUAACACUUUCCUCCCUAUUCUGCCGAAGCUUUCACCCUCGGAUUAUCAGGAGAUACAACGGGAAGGAGCGGGUAUUUACGAUAUGCCGACCCUUCUGCCACAAAUGAUGGGCUUCGGCAGCUACUUUCUGCAGGCAUCCUUGGGCAAGAUCUUAAAUCAGCUACAUUCCAAGAGAUUGGACGAGGUAGCCGAGAAAUUCGAGUCUCAUCGGGAGCUCAUGAGCCCGUCGACGGCGGACUCUGAGGGCACGGAAGGCACAGAGGGUAAGGAAUCACCAGCACCGACCGAUCCUCAGGGUCUUGACGCGGUUCGACGUAUCCUUGAAACGGUGAACACCUCCGUCACGAAGCAACUGCUCGAGGCGAAUGUGAGGAAACUGUCCACCUCGCCGGCCACGAUGAAACGAGAGUUCGAUGAGGAUUAUCAAGAUCAAGACAGCGAGAUGUCCAGCGAGAUGGCACAUUAUCCAGACUGGUCGGCAGCGGAUCAAUAUGAUUCGCAGAGUGAAGGUUUGGCGGCGAAGCUUGAGGAUGUGAAUCAACCCAGUGCGAAAUCAGGUUACAAGAGAAAAGCGGAGGAUAGCUCGGAGGCGGACUCGGAGGACGAGGAGGAUGGUACACAGACGCACAAUGAUAACGGAAGAAGAGUCAGGGCUAGAUCGUUGAUAGACGAUGAGCAAUUGGCUGUUCUCAAGGGUUACUAUGCCAUUAAUCCUCGACCCAAGAAGGAGGAGAUCAUCAUGAUUGCCAAUUACAUCAAUUUUCCUACUCGUGUCGUACAGGUUUGGUUCCAAAAUUCCCGAGCGAGGGACCGACGAGAAUCGAAGAUACCACCUCUAGUACCAUUGGCAAAUCCGACCAGUCAGACCGCGUACGAACAACCAUUAGAUUUGUCGAAGAAAGAAGCUCUCACAGAGACGGCGUGCAAAGACAGUGAAACUGUUUGUGCAAAAUUCACAUCGUCGUCUCCCGUUGAACCGAAAAACGAUAAUGCGCCAUCGCAUAAUCAAGACGCGGAUGAUCUGGAGGAUUCGCCACUCGUUAUUGACGAAGAGACCACCGAUUCUGUAGAAACGAAACGUACGGCCCCGAUGGGGGGAGAAAUUGUUCCGAAGAGUCAACCUCAGACAAAUGUAAAGAACGAAAAUGAAAACACGAAUCAACCAGAGGCUUCGCCAGCAGCAGAGAUCGAGCAGGGUGUCUACUUCUGUGAUCGGUGUGACAAAACAUUCUCCAAGCACAGUUCCCUAGCAAGACACAAAUAUGAACAUUCCGGGCAAAGGCCGUACAAAUGCGUGGAGUGCCCAAGGGCGUUCAAGCACAAGCACCAUCUGACCGAACACAAGCGACUGCACAGCGGCGAAAAGCCCUUCCAGUGCUCCAAGUGCCUCAAGCGCUUCUCUCACUCCGGCUCCUACAGCCAACACAUGAAUCAUCGUUACUCUUACUGCAAGCCGUAUAGAGAAUAGAAGUAUUCCCGCUAGUUGAAACGAAAACUCUCUCGCUGACUUAGCUAAGUAUGUACGGUCCUUUUUUCCUUCUACGACAAGGGACUCAGCAUUUAACGAAGAAAAAGAAGCGAAUUUAAAAACGGGAAAUAAUAUUAUAUCUCGCGAUAAAAUAAAACGCCUGGGAACCACGUUAGGAGAACGGCAAGUACACCUAGCGACGAAUUUUUCCAAACGCGAUCUCGCGCACGCAUUUUACCCGCGAAAAGGCUUGCGUUAAACACAGCAAAUAAUAAUCAAAGCCUAAAAAAUAUAUUUAACUGGAGAAGGAAACGCAUGUUGAUCGGAAAGGAAAAUGAAAAAUGAAAUGCUAUUCUGAAGAAAAAAGAAAAAGAAUAAAAGAUCGAAUGAUACGUUGUAUUAAAAAGAUUAAAGAAGAUAGCGAAUGAGACUCGAUAAUCGCGACUCUCCUGUUCAAGCAAACAACAUCGUCCAAGUGUCACGUGAGUUUCUUCUCAAGUUCGUUCUCGCUGAAAUAAAGAAAGGAGCUAAAAAUGAUAAAAAAAGGAAGCAGAAAAGCAAAAAGCAAAAAAAAAAAAUGAAUUCGCAGCGACCUUGAGUCGACGAGAAUUAAAAAAAAGGAAACCAAAUACGCAACGGUACCAAAAAUGCAUAAUGCAAUAAUCUAUUAUAUAUUAUAUAUAAUAUACAUAAUAUUUUAGUAUUUUUAUUAACAAGAUUAUUAUAUAUACCAUGACAAUAAUAAGGAAACUAAUUAACGUACAAAUUUGUUAGCCACGUUCGCACGGGGCACGCGAUGUAAUUCAGUCGCGACGCGCAAAUUGGCGAAGGGAUAUGGUGACGUGAUUUGAAUGUUUCAUUUUUGACCGAGUUGCGCGUGUGCAGUUGUACAUUUAAUAACGAACGAAUUAAAAUUCAAAGUAAUAUCCUGUACUGGAAAGUAACAAUGUUUAAAAAGUGCAGAAACCAUUUUCUAGAUAUUUUUACCAAAUAAUUAAUUUACAAGAAAGGAAGGAAAGUUAAAAGUGGUGGAAAAAUAAUCUUUCGUUUCUGAGACAUCCAAUCGAAUGAUAUUCUUCAGCCUUAAUUCCUUCGUUCGCUAAUGUUUUGGAACAGCACGAAGUUUGAAACAUAUUAAGAAUUCAAAGUAUAAAAAUUCAUAUUACUAAAAAGACAAAAAAAAAAAAAAGGAUAAGUGCGCGCGUGCAAUUGGAUAAGAACGAACACCAAAGGUAAAUGCUGGGAAAGGUUGAAGCACCGGACAAAAAGAGAAUACAUUUGAAUUUAAACCGCUAAACUGAGAGAGCUUAAACGCAAAUUCCGAUGAAUCGCUGAGAACGGAGACUAGAAUUUCUAGUCGCCUGGUCUAUCCUCAUCGUCGAGAGAGCUUUUUUCAAGCUCGAUGCAGGAGGAUUCGGCCAAAUUACGAUUUAUUAUAGCGUCGAGGUGUUUCUGGGCCUUAUCUAUCGGUGAUCGAUGCCAUAACGAAUAAUUUUCGAUUCUUGUGUACUUACUUUAAAUCCAAAUCACAUCUUCGUAUAUUUCCAUAAUGUUACGUGAGAGAUUCAUAUAUUUCAAGUUCAUUUUUUUUGCAGAUCUCACGAUAGUUUUAUAGUACCAAUCGUAUAUAAAUUAGUUCUUACUCUCAGUUAUUAACACUAGAACUAUCAAAUAUGUUAAGAUGACCGUUUCUAGCUUUCUUUUUUUUUUUUUUUUUGUUUGUAAUUACUAAAAACACGUAAAAGCUUUUGAUAAAAUUAAUGUUAACGUAUAUUUGGAUCGAAAUACGAUUAUAUACUUGUACUUUACUUUUAUCAUACUACCUUAAUUACAAUUAUUUAUAUAUUUGUAUUUUAUAUAGUUCUAGUGUUAAUUUUAAUAAUUAUUUAAGUAUUUUGUACAUUGUUUUCUCUUUCUGUAAGUUAAAUUUUCUUGAGUUAUUCAGACAUACGAUAAGUUAAGCUUCAAGCAAUGCACGUAUUUCUCGAUUUAUUCAACAUUGUUAUUAUUUAAUAUUUGAAUCUCCGCGUAUCAUCCAUUUACGCUAAAAAGAAAAGAUUUAGAAAAACGAAUGUUUCGCAUCGUAGGAAAAAACAAAAAAAAUGCCUUAGACAUUCCGUAAAAAUCAACGCGCUACCGGUGCUCCUUUUUUAGUUAUUCAUAGAUCACAAAACAUCACCAUGGCCUCUCGUACUUUUUGUAGAGCUCAUAUGGUCUCGUUGUCAUCAUAAGAGAUUUCAAUUGAACCCGACGAGCUCAUCACAUUUGUUUCUGGCGCCUGAAAGGGAAAUGGCAUCGAGAACCUUGCAAUACAAAAAAAAAAAAGAAAAGAAGAAAAAAAAAAAGAAAUACAAAAGGAAAACAUUGAGAAAAAGUCCCUUCACCGAGAUCCGGGCCCCGAUCAUAAACUCUAAGUAUAAUAUUAAAAUGCUUCCAAUACUGUACUAUUAAAACAGAAAAAAAAUUAUUAUUACACAAUUUUUAUGAUUUUAUUCGUUCGGACGCGUAGGUAAGCGAUAUAUAUAAAUAUAUAUAUAAUCUACAGAUCGAUAAUACUCGAGAAUUGUAUUUUAUAACGGUUUAUGCCUCUUUUUAUUUACACGUACCACGAGUGACAAGUGAUAUAUAUAUAUAUUAUAUUAUAUAAAUAUAUAUAUUGUUAUUGAUAAAAAAAAUUGAUAAAAAGAAACGACGACUUAUACGGGGAUACACGGCAGAAAAAAAGAAAAGGUGUAACGUUUAAAGGGCCGCGCCAAAAAAAGUAGUGUCGUGUUCGGCCGAGCGGGGCGCCACCGUUGCAUUUCCUCCGCGUCUAGAAGCUCCGGUUAUCCGCGACAGGCAUCGUGUCCGUACUACGAGAUAAAAUGGAAAAAAUCCAGAUAUGAUGCUUAUAAUACUCAUUUAUUAUAGUGUUAAUAGUUAAGAAAUAUAUUUUUAUAUUAUUAUAAUAUUACGACACGAUAUAUUAUAUAUAUAGUACUAAUCGAUCGCCGCGGAUCCGUGAACCCGCGACGACGAGUCUGUUCCUCGGCUGGUACAGAUACGCGAGAAUCUUCUAUUUUUAUUUUCUAGUUUUUGAGACUCGAUCGUAAACGAUUCAACGUUCCUGUGCAAUCGCUUUGUUAUUUUUCUUCGUUAUUUCUCAUCAUUACGUGUUAUGUUCUCUAUCUUUUUUCAUUAAUUCGUUUUUAUUUGUAUAAUUUCUCUUCUUUUUUAAGGAUUUUUUUAAUUGUUGAUAUAUAUAACAAUUUACCGGCAUUCCUUAAGUAUUUUUCCUUUCUAUGAUUUUACACAAAAAUUUGUAUUCGUAAAUUAAGUUUCGUCGGUUAUCGAUUUUCAAUUAUAUAUAAUUAUUCUCACUCUGAAAAAAAAACGCCUCGAUUCUGUACUUUCGAAUACUUUCACGACCAACGGGUUUAGAACAUCAGGAAGAAAAAGCAGGAAAUUUACGAAGACAAUAUUGCAUACGUAUAAGUGACUAAAUGAAGAAUAAAAAAAUUAUAUAUAUAAAUAUAAAUAUAUAAAUAUAUUAAUAUAGAUAUAUAAAGAUAGAAAUAUUUGCUCUGAUUCGGGAGUAUUUGCAACCUGCUCGCCUCGAUGUAUGUAUGUACGUACUAUUAAAAAUAACAGACACAGACUACAGCGUAAUUUUUGCCAGCUUUCGCGCAUCGGCAUCGGUUAUGUCUCCGUUAUUUCCUAAACUAUUACGUGAAAACUACGUAAAAAAAAAAAAAAGGAAAAAAAGAUGAAGUAAUUAAACUAAAAGUGAAUAGUAACUCAUAUGAGCAUGAUGAAACAAAACGAAAUAUGAGAAAACGAGGAGAGAAAUACGAGAAAAAAGAAGAAAAAAAUUGUUAAUGAUUGUUGAUGCAACGAUUUAAAAAAAAAAUGAGCACCGUACGAUGCCUUCCGUGAACGACCGAGCUUGCCUAGUUACCGAAAUAAUAUAGAAAUUCAAUGAUUCGAUCUCGAUAUGAAUUCUCUCGUCGAAAGUAACGCUAUCCCUGCGAUGCCUCUUCCAUCUGUCGAACGAUUGUUUCCUGUAACCGCAGACAAUAAAUAUAAAGCGAGUAAAUGGCGUGCCAUAAACGAAUCUUCGUAAAGUUGUAAAGAACACUACGAUACCGACACGUAGAGCAUAUGUACCUCUAUAUUCGUGUUUGAUUGAAAAGUGUUCUAAAACGAAUUCCAUGAGAGUAUAUAUUGUGAUUUUUCUCUAAAGAGGGAGAUGCACGUGGGGAUAACAAACAUAUUCGCUUUAAAUUGUAUUCGACGAACACUGGUGGUUAUGCCAUCGAGCUUUCCAUGACUACGUUACAUAAGCACCAGAAUCGUGCGUGUGUGCGUGUAUUGCGUGUAUGUACACCAGAAAAAUACUCGGAAAUAAAAUACGGCAGGACAAUAAUAAUACCGUUUCUUUUUAGAAAUUAGAGAGCGUAAGCAUUAAUUACAAUAGUACAUAUAAUAUAUAUAUAAAAAUUGUAAGUGUGAAAAAAAAGGAUAAAUUUGCUAAAUGCAGAGAGGUCUGCACGUGUACGCACAAGCGCAUCCCUUGCGUGUACGUGGAUACACGUGUGUACACGGCACAGCAUGUAUGUACAUAGGUAAUACAUUCGUAAGGUUACAUUUAGUCGCCAGGAAUAGCGAUGCGGAUGUUAUUGUAACAGUGAAGUGUAAUAUGCGGUAGAUACUUUGAGAGGACGGUAGGGGAAAAAAAUAUAAAAACCGGAAGGUUCCAGCUGCGUAGUGGAUGCAGUGCCUUCUCCGGAUGAAAUGAUCUCGUGGUGUUGAAGCGAGCGGUUGCAAAACAGCUCGAUAAGCAAUUUGCAUUGUAUAAUAUUUUAAUCUAAUAUUUUAAUCUAAAUUUCAACGAAAAUUUAUCGCUAAGAAUUAUAAUUGUACCAGUUUCGUUUUAGAUCGACGUAUUUUUAAGUUAUUUUUCGUCUUGCAAUACAGUCACCAAAAUAAGGAGCAUGAAAUUGAAUUCAAAACGAAUUUCAGGAUAAUAGUCACUUUUUGGAGAAGGAGUAUAUAUAUUCUUAUAAUUAAAAGUAUGUUAUUCUAACCAAAACGAUCUCCUUUUAAAGUUCGAUCGUUAAUAAUGGGCAUUUGAGAUAGAGAAACAAAAUAGAGAAAAAAGAAGAAGGAAAGAAAUAAAAAGUAUAAUGGAAGAGGGAGGAUGUUGGAAGGAUCGAACACUGCGCGCACUACGCGGCGAACUUUCGAAGCACGAAUCGAUGAAUUUGGUUAAAACGGAAACGGGAGCCGAACCUGUUACACACUGCGGAAAGAAGCAGCAGAUAAAAAGAAAAUGAAAUUUAAAAAAAAUAAUGUAUUGUGACGAAGUUCCAUCCAUAAUAAAAUAAAUGAAAAUAUUAUACAGUUAGGCCGACUUUUCCGCCAGUUCGUGCCUUUUUUCUGCAGGGAGAGAGAGUGCAGUUUUGGAAUCGAUCUGAAUGAUGUAUGCUAUUGAUGUACCGCCUACUAAUAGAAAAACAUGGAUAAGGAACAGGAAAGAAAGAAAGAAUGAGACAAAGAAAUUGAGGAGGAAGGGUAUAAUGUUAGAAUCGUUAACGAUCUUAGAGAUCGUGAUGAAAAUAUGGGCGGACAGAAGGGACAGGAUAUGAGGAAUUAAUUACGGGAAUAGAUCGAACGAGUUUAUGUUUGGCAUGAUGACAAAGUAUGUGUCCUGUAAUGCAUUAUUCUCGAAGAACAUUACGAGUACGCAAAAUUAUGUCAGACGUUGGUGAGAGAGAACAACAAGCAACAAAUGAAAAGAAACGAAAGGAGAAAAGAGGUGCGAGAUUAAAUGUGUAAACAGUCGAAACUGAAUGAUAUGAAUGAAGGGAGAGAAUGAGAAGGAAUGUGUGUGCGUGUGAAAGGAAGAACGGGAGGGAGAGAAAGUAAGUGAGAGAAAGAAUUCUAGCAAUUGUUGAACGUUCAUUAAAUUGUCCUCGUUUCACGAUGUAAUAAAGGCUAUUUUACUUUGA